AUGAAUGGAAAUAAUAACCUCGAAAUGGGGUUAAUUGUACAGAGCAAUUUCAAAGUCUACCUCUACACCAACUCAACGUUGAAGAUAAAUAUUUUAAGUCAUUUAUGUGAAUUGCAAGCAAGGACCCCUAACAUGGUGGUAGGAAUUCUGACCAGAAGAAGUGUCCUAAAUGCGUAUAACUCGGACAUUACUGCAAAUCAAAUUAUUAAAUUUUUGGAGUCCUAUGCUCACCCAGGAAGAAGCAAUUUUAAAAGCUCCAUACCUGUUAAUGUUAUUACGCAAUUAAAACUGUGGGAAUCGGAAAGACAUAGAUUAACCCUUGACGAUGCCAUCGUUUUUAAAUCUUUCGAGAAAGAAUUCCUUCCACACCUGUAUCAACAAAUCGUCGUCUGGGCUAAUAGCAAAAAUUACCUAUUGCAUUAUACGCCCUGGCCCAAAAAUGCCAACUCCCCAGAAUUCGACGUCUGGAUGAAGGCGGAAAAGUACCUCUGCUGCAUUUACGAAUCGAAGAAUGAAAUCAUCGAUAAGAUUAAGGAAAUUAGGGAGAAGCUCAUGAAGAAGCGGCAGAACGCAUAG